CUCCUGUCAUCUCAGCCGUGCGCGCCUCAGUAAGAAGCAGCGCGUCAGGUGCGCGCCCGAAAUUUGCAAAAAGACUCCAACUGCGAAGGACCGGAUGCCCGAAGAGGGCGCUGUGCGGAGUCUUUGCAAACCGCUUUUCUGCCCCAGCCGGGCCGCCGGGCGGGGCGUCACGGGCUCCCUCGCCUCCAUCCGCCUCCCCUCACUAUAAAGGGCGCGUCCCGAGGCGCUUCCCGUCCCGAGCCCAGGCCGAUCCCGCGCAGCCCUCGCCAUGGAGCCGCUGAGCACCGCGAACUCGGCCUUCGCCUUGGACAUCUUCCUCCUCCUGUGCAAAAACGACCGCACCGGGAACGUCUUCAUCUCGCCCUACAGCGUCUCCUCGGCCUUGGGCAUGGUCCUCCUGGGGGCCCGGGGCGACACCGCUGCCCAGCUCUCCCAGGCUCUUCAUUUUGAUAUGGUUAAGGAUGUUCAUUCAAGUUUUCAGAGCCUGAAUGAAAAGUUGAAUAAACAUGGAGCCUCCUGUACUCUGAAACUUGCUAACAGAUUAUAUGGACAGAAAACCUAUGAUUUCCUCCCGGAGUUCUUGGCCUCAACUAAGAAAAUGUAUGGUGCAGAAAUGGUCAGUGUGGAUUUUCAGGAUGACACUGAGAACACAAGAAAGAAAAUAAACAAGUGGGUCAAAGAACAGACAGAAGGGAAAAUUCGAGAACUGUUGGUUCCAGGUGUGCUUGAUGACACGAGUAAGCUUGUGCUAGUGAAUGCCAUCUAUUUCAAGGGAAUGUGGCUGGAGAAAUUCCUGAAAAGUGACACAGUUGACAUGCCAUUCAGACUGAAUAAGAAAGACACAAAGACAGUGAAGAUGAUGUCUCAGAAGGCGAAAUUUCCAUACGCCUACAUUGAGGACCUUAAGUGCCAGGUGCUGGAGCUGCUUUACCAAGGCCAGAAGGUCAGCAUGAUUAUUCUGCUGCCAGAUGACAUUGAGGAUGAUACCACAGGUCUGGAGAAGAUUGAGAAACAAUUGACAUUGGAAAAACUGCGUGAGUGGACUGAGAAUCUAAAAACCAUUGAGGUCAACGUCCAGUUGCCCAGGUUCAAACUGGAAGAGAGCUACAAUCUUAACGACAAUCUCGCUCAACUUGGGGUGCAGGAUCUCUUUAACAGUAGCAAGGCUGAUCUGUCUGGUAUAUCAGGAGGCAGAGAUCUCUCUAUAUCAAAAAUUAUUCAUAAGGCCUUUGUAGAAGUGAAUGAGGAGGGUACAGAGGCGACGGCUGCCACAGCAAGCAUUGCUGUCUUUGCCAUGCUGAUGCAGGAGGUAAAUUUCUCAGCCAACCACCCUUUCAUCUUCAUUAUUAAGGACAAAACCAUAGAUGAAUUCCUGUUCAUUGGCAGACUUGCUUCCCCAUAGAACAAAAAGACUCUGGAAAUACAAGGUCAAGCUUGAGCUUUAUUACUCAAGCUAUUAAUGGUGGCAGCAUUCACUUGUGUAAAACCAGCCAGAAGCAAAUCUUUAAUUUGCUCUGUAAGUUCAUCUCUAUUGGCUUUUUUCCAUGUAUUUUCAGAUAGGCACUUCUUUUUCCUUUUUCAUGUUGAAAUAAGAAAAACACCCCACGGGUUGCUUUUGAAAUGCGUCAAGAUUUUUAAAAAGAAAUAAAAUCAAUGUGCAGAUUCUUGACAGUGCAGUAAUCUAUGAAAUUGCAGUGCUCUCCUGAUAGCCAUGGGGAAAACAUGACAUUUUCCAAAAUCAAAUUGCUCUCGAUCUGGAAUUAGAAUAAGCCAAAAAGAACAGGUGAAAUCAAUUUGACAUAAGAAAAGUAAUGGAGCACCAAUUAUGUAAAGGCUGUAUCUGAGCGACUCCCCUCACCUGCUACAACCCUGGGAUGGGCAAAGAUCACCAGACCUGAUGCAGCUGCUGUUUUCAGAGAAGGGGGAGAAAUUGCCAGAGACUCCUGCAGUAAGUCUCUGGUCUACAUCUGCCCAAUGUGUGAUGCAGGCCUGAGAAAAAAAUACACUUAGAGACAGAACUAGAAGAAAAAAGCGGGGUGCCAGGACGACUAAUGCUGGUGCAACCGACAAAGGCCCUGGGCAGUCCCAGACACUGACUUUUAUUGGAUAUCAAUUGGGUUAAAGGUGAGCUAUGAGUGGUUUCUAUGGAAAUUAAUGUAAACAAGGCUCAUGAAGGACAAGAGAACGCAUUCUCAAAUUAGGAACAGAAUAGACCAAAUACAUGGCUGUAAUUAGAACAUGGCCUUCUAAUCAGAACGUUUUAGUUGUGGGAUCGGAAUUUGGGUGCGAGUUACUCUGACCUCAGCAUGGAGGCUUCCGCCAGGCUCACUUCUCAAAACAAGCCAGUUGCGGGGCUAACUCUUCACAGCCCACCUUGGGCAUGAUCAGUAUUACAGUCCUCUGCACAUUGAAAUAAGUGGGCCCACAGUAGCAGUUGCUAAUUAGUUUCCUUUUCUUUGUGACAUGGGGGUACCAUUUAUUUUACAGCUAGAAUUUUGGAGCCAUAAUAGACAUCUACCCUGACAUGGAAGGGAGGAUUAAAAAUGUGCAGUCAGAAUAGAGGUAAACACUCUGAUUAAGGGCCUGGGUGAUGAAGGCAAGCUUCCUUUGCCCUGCAGUUUGGUUCCUUUGUCCCCAGGAAGAGUGUGCUCAGUCCCAGCCCUCGAGUGUCUCUAUGCCUCAGCUAAAGAGCCACCAAGUCAGCCGGCACCGCCUCUUGCUGUCCCAUAUGUCUGAUAGGUACUUUGAGUGAGGUCACUGAGUCAAGCAGUGGGUGUCUGAUGAUCCAUGCUGCUGAGAGACUACAGAAAGAAAAACACAGCAAACCAGAAGUGCAGAGUGCUCACUGUGGAAGGACUGCUCACCUGUUCCAUGAUAAAGGCUGACUUCCCUCAUUUUGGUGGGUGUGGCGAUAGGGUGGGGACUUCUGUACUGGUAGAAACCUUUGUCACUUGGACUUCUUUGAAUGGGGCUUACAGUUCUGUAUUUUCUCACUUCCACAAGGCUGGUGAGCAUCAGGAGGUAAUAAAGUCUUCCUGGAUUCUGCAAGCCA